GCCCGCAGCCUCCGGCAGCCGGGAAAGUGCGGGCGCGGGGCCGCACCCUGCGCGCCCGGAGCUGCCCAGGAGUACGCCGCGGGGAGAGCGGGCGCCCGGGGCAGGAGUCACGCAGAAUGAAGACAAACACAGAGAUGGUGUGUCUAAGAAACUUCAAAAGGUGUAGACCUCCUGACUGAAGCAUAUUGGAUUUAUUUAAUUUUUUUCAUUAUAUUUCUGUCCUCCUACAAG